AGAGGAGGAUUGUUGAGAGAAGAAAGGAAACCCAACAUCAACAAAAAACUGUAUGCCCAAGAACAUCACAACAAACCCAAGAAUCUCGACAACAUCCCUCACCCGCAAAAGCACCUGCAAGAAGAAGAAAUUCAACCUUUUCAAAACCUAAAAUACACCACCACCUCCACCUCCACCUCCACCUCCACCUCCACCUCGUCCUCUUCUUGGAAGCAGAACCACCGCGACGGCACCGUGGCGUCGAACGAUUCUUCCAGUCUUAAUCACGUACAGCCGGUCCCACAGAAUGAGAACAAGUCAGCACUACCCGGGUACGUGAGAUUUGAUGAUGGUAGUAAAGUAAAAAUCAACUUGAAUUCAAGGUCAAAAUCUGAAAUUAAACAGCUAAAGAGGAAAUUAGCAAGUGAACUUCAUCAAGUUAGAAGCUUGAAAAAGAAACUUGAAUCUAAAGAAAAGUUUGCAUCUUCUUAUAAUGAUAAUCAUAAUAAUAGAAUAGGUAAUAGCGGUGGUGGAGGCGGUGGUAACAGAAUUGGAACUCUUGCUAGGGUUAAUUCUGAAGUUAGUUAUGUGGGACCCACCAAUUCGCGGCUGUUGGAUGGUGAUGAGAAGAAGAAAACCCAGAUGAAUUCGAACAAGAAGUUGAAACAGUCUGGCGGUGGAGGGAAGGACGGUGGUGCGGGAAAGGGGGUGGUGGUGGAGUUUAGCAAGGAUUUGGUUAUAGGGUGUGGGGAGCUGUUAGGGAAGUUGAUGAAACAUCAAUAUGGGUGGGUGUUUAAUGAGCCAGUGGAUGCAAAGAAGUUGAAGCUGCAUGAUUAUUAUAAGAUUAUUAAGCAUCCCAUGGACUUAGGGACUGUGAAGAGUAGGUUGAGUAAGAAUUGGUACAAGUCGCCAAAGGAGUUUGCUGAGGAUGUUAGGUUGACGUUUAAUAAUGCUAUGAAGUAUAAUGAGAAAGGGCAGGAUGUGCAUGCUAUGGCGGAUAAGUUGUUGAAGAUUUUUGAGGAGAAUUGGGCUAAUCUUAAGGCCAAAACUAAUUUUGAUAAGAGGGGGGAGAUGGGAUAUGAUGCUAGCUUGCCAACACCUGCUUUGAAGAGAGCUCCAGGUCCUCGUGCUUCAUCUCCUGCUCACGGUCCUGCUUCAAAGAGAGUUCCAGGUCCUCGUGCUUCAUCCCCUGCCUCUGGUCCUGCUUCUGCUUCUGCCCGUGCUCCCAGUCCCGCUUCUUUUCCACAGACAAUGCCUUUAGAGACAAAAACUUUGGAUAGGACAGAUUCUUUAACGGAGCAUGUACAUUCGAAGAUGAAAGCUGCAAAAACUGUUGCCAAUCAAGGCAGGACAUCAGUGUUGAAUAAGCCUAAGAAGAAUGAAACUGUCAGAGGCAUGAUGACAUACGAGGAGAAGCAGAAAUUGAGUAUACACCUGCAGAGUUUGCCUUCAGAGAAACUAGAAUCAGUUGUCCAGAUUAUUAGGAAGAGGAAUCCUGGGCUUUUCCAACAAGAAGAUGAGAUUGAAGUGGAUAUUGAUAGUUUUGAUAAUGAAACACUUUGGGAACUUCAUGGUUAUGUAACCAAUUACCAGAAGAGUAUGGGCAAGAAUGAGAGAGAAGCUGAAGUUGCUCUACAAGGGAGAGAAGAAGCUGGCCAUAAAAUGCUUGGGACUAAUAUGACAUCUGCUACUGCAGAGGCACCAAAAGAACUUGGAUCGGUACAAAUGACCGUUUCUGCAUCUUCUCCUGUUAAAGAUCAUAGGCAAGGCCAUAGAAUGAGCAGAUCAAGUAGUUCAAGCAGUUCUGGCAGUGAUUCCAGAUCCUCUUCAAGUGGCUCUGAUAGUGAUUCAGGAUCUGGGUCAGAUGCAGCUCAAUGACAUAGGAGUUAGUAGAUUCAAGCUGAUACGCAGAUUUAAGUUGGUCUGUAUGCUCUUUUGGAACAUACCUGACAAUUCUUGGGAUGCUGAUUUUGCCUGGGAGAAUCCAAGUUUCACCUUCGGUUGAUUCUAUGAAGUGAAAUGUCUUGAUCUUCGCAGUAAAACGCUCAACGCUGGGGGUCUUUCCGUACUUUUGUAGGCGUGUGAUCAUUCAGGGCGAAAAACAUAUCCACUAUGACAGCAUGAUUUUUACUUGUAAUGGAAUGGUCUGGUGAAAUUGAAGUGAAAAAGGGGUCGGAAGCACUAGUUUCUUAGUCU